AAAUCACAAUUGCAAGUGUGUAUUGUACAUGUGCUCUAAAUUUUUUUACUUUCUUUUACGCACACAUUGUCAUUAACUCCGUUAUUGAUACCAGUGGAUAUCAGUCGUGUAAGCCACCUGUGUUUGACGAGACUUCCGUGUUUGUCCUGAAUCUUUACAGAAGUUGAAGAGAGGUUCUAGGAUAUUAAAAUGUUAACUACUAUGACUGCAAAACAGAUACGACAAGCUUAUAUUGACUUCUUCAAAAACAAAGGACAUGAAUAUAUACAUUCAAGUUCAACCAUACCUCAUGAUGAUCCAACUUUGCUCUUUACGAAUGCUGGAAUGAAUCAAUUUAAACCUAUAUUUCUGGGGACAGUUGAUCCUAAUAGUGAUAUGGCAAAAUGGGUACGUGUUGUUAAUAGUCAAAAGUGUAUUAGAGCUGGUGGCAAACAUAAUGAUUUAGAUGACGUUGGUAAAGAUGUAUAUCAUCAUACAUUUUUUGAAAUGAUGGGAAAUUGGUCUUUUGGAGACUAUUUCAAGAAAGAGAUAUGUUCUUGGGCUUGGGAAUUUUUAACAGAAGUGUUGAAGCUAUCAGCUGACAGAUUAUAUGUAACAUAUUUUGGUGGUGAUGAAAAGAAUGGAUUAGCACCUGAUGAUGAGUGCAAGGAAUUAUGGCUUUCCCUUGGAAUACCAGCCUCGCAUGUUUUACCAGGAAAUAUGAAAGAUAAUUUUUGGGAAAUGGGUGAAACUGGACCCUGUGGACCAUGCAGUGAACUACAUUAUGAUCGCAUUGGUAAUAGAGAAGCAGCUCAUCUUGUAAACAUGGAUGAUCCUGAUGUGUUAGAAAUCUGGAAUCUAGUAUUCAUUCAAUUUAACAGGGAAACAGAUGGUAAUUUGAAAUCAUUACCAAAAAAGCAUAUAGACUGUGGUCUGGGUCUAGAACGAUUGGUGUCAGUGAUUCAAAAUAAACGUGCUAAUUACGAUACAGACUUAUUUAUGCCUUUGUUCGCUGCAAUUGAGAAAGGUACAGGUGCACCACCUUAUCAAGGUAAGAUAGGAGCCGACGAUGUUAAUGGAGUCGAUAUGGCAUAUAGAGUUUUAGCUGAUCACGCUAGAACUAUCACAAUUGCUCUUGCGGAUGGUGGAAUGCCUGAUAACACUGGUAGGGGAUACGUCUUGAGAAGAAUUUUACGGCGUGCUGUACGCUACGCAACAGAGAAAUUAAAUGCUAAACCAGGGUUCUUUGGAUCUCUGAUAAACGUAGUUGUAGAGCUUCUCGGUGAAGUUUUCCCGGAAGUAACAAAAGAUCCACAAAGUAUAAUUGAUAUCGUGAAUGAGGAAGAAACCCAAUUUUUGAAAACUCUAUUGCGCGGUCGUAAUUUACUGAAUAGAACGAUAGCAAAAUUGGAAUCGAAUGACACUGUACCAGGUGAUGUUGCAUGGCGCUUAUACGACACUUAUGGUUUCCCAAUAGAUCUCACACAACUGAUGACUGAAGAAAAAGGAUUAAAAAUUGACAUGGCAGGAUAUGAAGAAUCUAAAAAGCAAGCACAGUUAAUUUCCCAAAGUAAAGCUGGCGGAGUGGACGACCAAAUUAAUUUAGAUGUCCAUUCCAUCACUGAACUGCAAAAACAAGGUAUUAAACCUACGGAUGAUACUGCUAAAUACAAUUACAAGGUAAUCAGUACCACUGUGUACAAAGAGUACGAAUUUGCACCAUGCACGGGCACGGUGAUCGCACUCAGACGCGCUAAGACUUUCGUCGAUGAAGUAUCUUCCGGCGAAGAAGUUGGCAUUCUGUUAGACAAGACCAAUUUUUAUGCGGAGCAAGGAGGACAAAUAUAUGAUGAAGGAUUCUUAGUAAAAGUCGAUGAUGAGGCCACAGAGAUACGAGUGAAGAACGUUCAAGUCAGAGCCGGUUACGUAUUACACAUUGGUACUGUGGGCGAGGGCACAUUGAGAAAAGGCGAUAGAGUCCAUGCAAAUGUAGAUAAUGCGCGCAGACGACUCGUAAUGGCUAAUCACAGCGCUACGCACGCCCUGAAUCAUGCACUCAGAAAAGUUCUGGGAACCGAAGCCGAUCAGAAAGGAUCAUUAGUUGCACCUGAUAGACUCCGUUUUGAUUUUACAAACAAAGGACCUAUGACAACGGAACAAGUAAAGAAUACAGAGAAUAUCACAAACAAUAUGAUCAAGGACAAUAAAGAGAUUUAUGCUAAAGAAAGUAACUUGGCUCUGGCGAAAACUAUUCAGGGUUUACGUGCAAUGUUUGAGGAAACGUAUCCUGAUCCGGUACGUGUUGUUAGUAUGGGCGUGCCAGUUGAAGAUCUAGAGAAGAAUCCUUUGAGUUCCGCCGCUACGCAAACCAGUGUAGAAUUUUGCGGUGGCACGCAUUUGCAUUAUACUGGACACAUAGGCGACUUCAUUAUAGCCAGCGAGGAAGCUAUCGCGAAAGGUAUCAGACGCAUAGUAGCGCUCACUGGACCAGAAGCAGCUAAGGCUCUUAAAAAGGCAACAUUGUUGCAAAAUCAAUUGACUCAGCUUCAAACGACGAUCGAAACCGACAAGUCUGGAGCAAAUUCGAAAGACUACGUUAAGAAAAUAGUAGAAUUGACGGAGGACAUAUCGCACGCUAUAAUACCCGGAUGGAGAAAGGAUAAGAUGCGCGAAAUGUUGAAGGAAUUGAAGAAGUCUCUUGACAAUAAAGAACGAGCUGCAAAGAUAGCUAUUGCCAACACGGUCGUAGAAACUGCACAAUCUAUAAUACAGUCUAAAGUUGGAUGUCAGGUGUUAGUCGAGGUGCUGGAAGCGUACAGUAAUACGAAAGCUCUAGAUUCGGCAUUGAAGAAAAUUCGAACUAUAUCGCCGGAAACCAGCGCCUUGCUCAUAAGUGUCGAUCAGGAUGUCAAAAAAAUAUUUGCUUUGAGUUCUGUUCCUAAGUCCGCAGUAUCAAAAGGAUUAAAGGCAAAUGAAUGGAUCCAAGCAAUUACACCUAUGAUGCAAGGCAAAGGAGGAGGAAAGUCUGAAUCCGCGCAAGCUUCUGGUAUUAAUAUAGCAUGCUUAAACGAAAUAGUACACAAGGCCAAUGAAUUUGCUAACCAGAAACUUGGAAUUACGGACAAUAAAACAGCUAACAAUACUUUUAAGACUUCCGAAAGUGGCAAUCGAUCACUUAACACGGAAUGUUCAUCAAAAUUGAUACUUUACGCGAACAUCGGCAGUACUAAGUGCUACUUAGCACAAAUAAUCGCGCAAUAUAGUGGCAAAUGCGUGUCUGUAAAGCAAGUCGACAAUGAUAAAAGUUCUAGCAAUGUGAUAUUAGAGACAGGCGAUGUUACGUUAUGUAACGGCAGUGCUAUUGCAUUCUUUUUGUCAAAUUCACAGUUGCGGCGUGAUGAUGAUUUGUUUGCGUCCAGUCAGGUUUUGCAAUGGGUGAGCUACUCGCAAAAUCACAUUUUACCAGCAGUCACCGCUUGGGUACUUCCAGCAUUUGGAGUAUCUAUGUCGAAAGAUAUGAAAGCAAACUCAAAGCUUUCUAAGGAAGACCUUCUACGCGAUUUAAAAAGAUUAGAUGGUAUAUUAUAUACAAAAACAUACUUAGUAGGAGAAAGAAUCACUCUUGCCGAUAUAUCAGUUUUUACUGUCUUGUUACCUCUAUAUGAGCACGUGUUUGAUUCACAUCAUAGAAAAUCAUAUAUGAACUUAAACAGGUGGUUUUCAACGAUCUUGAAUCAACCACAAGUAAGGUCUGUAGUAAAGAAUUUUAUAUUUUGCGCAAAACCUGUGCGCUAUUAACAUUAUUGUGUUAAGAAUCAAUUAAUCACUAAUUUUGUACACGAUUUUACCAGAAUUCUUUAUUACCCAAGUUCAUUAUUUUCUUCUGUGUUAUUUACUUUAAAACUAUCAUAUAAUAUUCUAAUCUCUCUUAAUAAUAUGGAGACAUUGGUGCCCAUUUUGGCAGAGAUAGGAAUUAUUGGUAUAUUUGUAUGUUCUUUGAGUAAUUUUAAAUUAACCUGAAAAACGAAAAAAUCGUGACUGUUAUUGCUAUAGCAAGUAAGAGAAGAUGAGAGAGUGGAGUAUAAGGACUUAUUAAACUUUUCUGAAAGAAGAAAAGCACUUAAAAAGUUUUAAUUUCACUUUCUCACCUCAGCAUUUGGCAAGUCCAUCUUGUUUGCCACAACAAGACAUGGUCGAUCGUUUAGUUUCUCGUUAAACUGAUUAAUUUCAUAAUUUAAAACCUCCAAAGCUCUCCACGGUUCAUCCAAUGUAAUAUCUAUAAUAAACAUUAAAGCAGCGCACCGUUCUGCAUGUUUGAGGAAAGUGAUACCAAGACCUUUGUUCUUAUGCGAAUCUUCUAUGAGACCAGGCAUAUCGGCUACUGAAAUAUACAAUAAGAUCAGAAUAAAAAUGAAAGAUUUGUUCUUAUAUUUGAAGCAUCAAUUACCUGCAACUUGUUCAUAAUCGUCAUACUGUAUCAUGCCAAUGUGAGGUUUCAAGGUAGUAAAAGGAUAUGGAGCUAUCUUUGGUUUAGCUCUGGAUAUUGCCUGUAAAAGUGUACUUUUGCCAGCAUUUGGCAAACCAAUCUAAAUGUGAAACAGAAAUGUAUUAUGCAUCUUUGAAUAUUUUUUACAACAAAUUUUUUGUAAUUGCUAUUAUAAACUGCAUACUUGCAGUAUGCAGUAGCGAUAGUAUUUUUUUAAAUUAUACUAGCGACUAUUAUAGCAACAAUUAUUAUAAUAAAAGAAUCUGAGCAUAAAAUAUACUUACUAAUCCAA